GGGUGGAGUUUUUCAUGCUGUGCACCACAGGAGGAGGUUCUGCUGCACUAAGGGAGGGACAAAACUCCUGGCAAAGACUGGAGUAUUUAACCACCACACCCUUUUUCACUUCUCAUAGCUGACACUCUUCUGUGCAUCAUCUGCAAACUUAGGACAUCUAAGAUGGCACUGGUAUCUGAUUUCCUGGGUCAGCUGACACUUAAUUUUGGGUCGAGCGAGCCCACCUAUCCCACCGUGGUUCCUGUACCUGAUUUCGAUCCAGACAAAGAUGCUGCCAGAAUAGAGACAGCUAUCAAAACUAAAGGUGUGGAUGAACAGACCAUUAUUCAGAUCCUCACCAAACGGACAUAUAGCCAGAGACGAGACAUUGCCUUUGCAUAUGAGAGGAGGACCAAGAAAGAUUUGAUUACUGCCCUGAAGGGGGCACUGUCUGGCUCACUCGAAACUCUUAUUUUGGGCCUGAUGAAAAGCACGAGUCAGUAUGAUGCCUCUGAGAUUAAAGCCUCCAUUAAAGGUUUAGGAACAGAUGAGGAGAGCCUGAUCGAGAUCCUUUGCUCUCGAAGCAGUACAGAGCUGGUGGAGAUUAAGAAAGUCUACAAAGAAUUGUAUAAAAAGGACCUGGAGAAGGAUGUGGCUGGAGACACCUCAGGAGAAUUUGCUAAGCUGCUGCUCGCCCUAGUGGCUACCAAGAGGGAUGAGCCAAGUUCUGUAGUUGACUAUGAAAAAAUUGAUCUGGAUGCCAGAGCCUUGUAUGAAGCCGGAGUAAAACGGAAAGGCACUGAUGUCAAAACUUGGAUUAGCAUCAUGUCAGAGAGGAGUGUUCCUCAUCUGCAGAAAGUAUUUGAGAGAUACAAGAGCUACAGUCCCUACGACAUGCAGGAGAGCAUCAGGAAGGAGGUGAAAGGAGAUCUGGAGAAGUCCUUCCUUACACUCGUUCAGUGCUUUGAAAACAAACAGCUCUACUUUGCCAGUAGACUCAACGACGCCAUGAAGAAAGGUGUAAAGGAGAAGGUGGUGACGAGGAUCAUGAUCUCACGCUGUGAGGUAGACCUUAAAAAGAUCAGGUCUGAGUUCAAGGCCCAGUUUGGAAAGUCUCUGUACCAGACCAUCUCUGAGCACACUAAGGGAGAUUACCAGAUGGCUCUGCUGAGCUUGUGUGGAGGAGAUGAUUAAAGCAGAGCUGGUCACUGGUUCCAGACGCCACCAAUGCUGUGAUCCUCAGGAACCUCUCAUGUACUCAUCUCUCGGCUCUCGUGUACUGUUCUAGCUUUAUGGUUAAUGUGUAAUCUAUAUGGAUCAGUCUAUUUCUAACUGGACUUCCACUAUUCCAUAGCGACCAAACAGAAAAUCAUUAUUUCUUUUGUAAAAUUCUGAAGUUAUGGCUGUUGAAUGCUCAAAUGCAGGACUGGUAAAUUCACCCAAAUAGAAGGCAAUUGUAUUUCUGCAUACCAUAAAUACAGCGCUGUGUAAAAUGUGGCAUAGUUGACCAUUCUAACGAAAACUCUAUUCGAUUUCUAUGGUGCAUAAACUGCUGUACUUCAGAGUAUAACCGGAAGCUCUUGUAGAAGGAGUGCAGUUUGUGUGGUUCACCACUAGAGGGCAGUAGAGCACCACAGCGCUUUGCUUCUAAGACUUAUGCCAACCAUUUGUUACUUGCUGAAGCUUCAUUUUGCUGUUUUGAGCUACUUUUCAAAAUAAUAAAAAGUCCAAAAGUA